AUGGCGCGCCCGCUGCACGAGGGCGUCCUCGAGCGCCCGGUCACGUCGCUCGUCGUCGCGACGUGCGCGGCCAUCACGUGGUACCUCCACGCGCGCGGGCUCGGCUACGACGACGUGGGAAUGUCGUACGCGGCUGUCGUGCGCGAGAAAAAAUACCAUCGAUGCGUCACCGCGUCGCUCUCGCACGUGUCCGUCCUUCACCUGCUCUUCAACAUGUCCACGCUGUGGAGCUGCGGCGUCGUCGAAGCCGCGGGGGGGCGCGGGGUGAUGAGCGACGCCGAAUCCGCGGCGGGGUACCCGUGGGGGUCGGCGUGGUACGCGCGACUCUCGUUGCUCAUGCUGUUGGGGACGUGUGGCAUCGUCCUGGCGACAUAUCACGUCCUCCUGACGCGCUUUCGCAGAGAGGAAUACGAGCGCGUGACCGCGGUGGGGUACAGCGCGGUCGUGUUCGGGUGGAUGACGAUCUUAUCCGUGAAGCGACCGACUUCAUCGCUGGUGUUGAUCGGCGGCGCGGUGAACCUGCCGGUCAACCUCGCGCCGUUCGCGUCGUUGGCGUUCACGUCGAUCGUCGUCCCGCGAGCCAGUUUCGUGGGGCAUCUCGCGGGGAUAGUGAUGGGGUAUCUGAUCGCGUGGGACCUGUUCGCGUGGUUCAACUGGAGGUGGUGCGUCGCGGUCGUCGUCGCGAUCGGGAUGCUGGCGGCGAGAGAGAGCGGGGUGGUGGGCGGGGUCGUGGGGCGACUCGCGGGCGGCGGCGGCGGCGGCGGAAGUGAGGCGCGUUCAUCUACGCACUGGUCCCCAUACGACCGCGUUCGCGUGGUGAACGCCGAUCCUUCAGGACUUUGCCCGGCGUCUCUCUCCGCCCAUCACCCAUCGCUUUCAAUCCCCGCCCUCGACGCCUUUCAACUCCACCUGACGCCUUUCAACUCCACCCCGACGUUCGCUCGUAUGGAACGCACCUGA